GGUAUAAGUUCUCGCACACCACAGAGGUCCAUCUUUUCUUUUAGGGUUUCUAAGCGCCGGUUUUUGUUUCGCGCCGGCCACCGCGACAAAAUGGGUAAAGGCACGGGUUCUUUCGGUAAGAGGAGGAACAAGACUCACACGCUUUGCGUGAGGUGCGGCAGAAGAAGCUUCCACCUCCAGAAGAGCACCUGCUCUUCCUGCGGCUAUCCGGCCGCACGCAUCCGAAAGUACAAUUGGAGCAUCAAAGCAAUAAGGCGGAAGACAACUGGCACAGGGAGGAUGAGGUACCUCCGCCAUUUACCACGAAGGUUUAAAAGCAACUUUAGAGAAGGAACACAAGCUACACCGAGGAAGAGGGCUGCUGCUGCUGCGCCCAGCUCAUUUUAAACAUUUCCAAUUGCGAUUUUAUAACUCUGCUUUACAGCAGGUAUCUAUGUUUUGUUGUUUUUAUGUGCUCUUUAAUUUUUCAAUUUGCCUAUAUGACCUGAAACAUAGUACUGUAAACUUUUGAGAUAUUUGGCGAAGGAUUUCAGUAUUUUAGAUUUGCUGUUAUUUCUAAUUCAUCAUUGUAAUUUUGAAUGAAUGUUUGCCUUUUUAAUGUGAAGUGCUGAACUGUUGAACUGUUGAGACUCCCGAA